AUGGCGGCAGCGGCAGCAGCGGGCGCACUCGGCGCAUUGCUACGCACAGCACUCUCACUCGACCCACACAUCCCAGCCAAACUCGCGCAACGGAGCGAGGUCGCGACACCGCUCUCGUCCUGGACACGACUACGCGAGGGACAGUUGCUCCUGGCACGCGGAGCGAACCCGUACGCCGCCGGAUCGUUUCACGGACCGCCCCUCCUUCUCGCGCUCGCAGGACCCCUCACCGGCGACACGAGGGCGGCGCGGUGGGGGAGCUUGGCUGCGUGGAUCUCGGCAGACUUGGGGACAGCAUGGGCGCUCGCGCGGGUCGCUGAGCGGAGACAGAGGGGUCCGCUGUCGGCUGUCGAGGGCGAGACGAGGUGGAGUGGAGCGCGGGUUGCGGCGAUAUACCUCUUCCACCCGUUCUCCAUCUCGACGACCCUCGCUCGCUCCAGCACGACCUUUGCCAACCUCUUUCUCGCCCUCGCCAUCGAGGCGGCCGUGUCAGGCUCGGCCGUCCAGACCGCCUUCUUCCUCUCCCUCGCGACGCAUCUCUCCCUCUAUCCCGUCCUGAUGCUCGCUCCCCUCCUGCUCCUCGUCAGUCGGCACUCUGUCGACCCCUCGAGAAGCACGAACCGAAGAGCGCUCGGUCGGACGGCUCUCACGGGCGUCGCAGCGUUCGUCCUGCACCAGGCGGUCCUGCUCGGCGCGAGUCGGUGGUGGACAGGCGGGUGGGAGUUUCUCUCGAGCGUGUAUGGCGUCAUCCUCACCAUCCCCGACCUGACGCCCAACAUCGGCCUCGCGUGGUACUUUUUCAUCGAAAUGUUUGAUCACUUCCGCUCCUUCUUCCUCGUCAUCUUUGCCCUCCAUCCGCUCGUCUACGUCGCGCCCUUGACCAUUGCCUACCGCCGCGACCCGCUCUUUGCCGUCGUCGUCUUGGUCGGCACGAUCGCGCUGCUGAAGAGCUACCCCUCAUUCGGCGACUGGGGCUUCUGGCACGCCCUCCUCGGCUGCUACUCCGAGUUGCUCCCCUACACCUCCUCGCCCCUCUUCCACUCGCUCCUCCCGCUCCACGCCCUCCUCCUCCUCCCCUCCUUCUCCCACCUCUGGCUCGUCUCCAACUCGGGAAACGCAAACUUCUUCUACGCGUCGACGCUCGUUUGGGCGCUCGGGAUGGGUGUGGGGGUUGUCGAGGGGAUCAAGGCGAGGGGGAAGAGGGAGUGUUUGGCGGGUUUGGCGGCGGAGGGGAGGGGGAAGGUGAGGAGCGGGGAGUGGGUGGUCGUGCAGCGGUAG